GUUCUUCAAAGAGUUUAUUUGAGACAGACUGAUUCUGUGAAUGCCGCAAGAAUCGGCAUUGAAAACCAACCUUUUGGAGUUUAUAGCAAAGUGAUAUGGUGUUGUCAUGGACUCUGCAAAAGAUAUCAGCAAAAAGAUACGCAGUGCCAUAAAAGCCAAGUUGGUAGAACUGGGAGCUUAUGUUGAUGAUGAGUUGCCAGACUAUAUUAUGGUUAUGGUGGCCAAUAAAAAGACCCAAAAUCAGAUGACAGAAGAUUUGAGCCUGUUUCUAGGACUGAAUACAGAAAAAUUUACAUCCUGGCUUCAUGGAUUGUUGGUAAAACUACAGACUUUAAGUUCAGAACAACAAAAAGGUAAAGAAAAACAUGCUGAAGAAAGCAGAGACGAGGAAGAGUCAGAAACAACAGAGAAAAAAUCAUCUCCUGAUAAACCAGAAAAACUUAUGAAACCUCCAUCAGAAAAAAAUGUUGGGAAAAAGACAACUGUUAAAAGAAAAAGUUCUGAGGGCAAACCUAAAAUCGGCAUAAAGGAAUCAGGAAGUAAAACAGUAGAUUCUAAACUUUUAGAAAAUGAAUGUACCAGUAAACCUGUUCCCACUUCUAAACUUAAAGAUGAAGAAUAUGUAUCAGAACUCCUUGAAUCAGUAGAAACUGAUGAAUUUAGUGAGGAAUUUAUUAAAGAACAGGAGCAAAGGAAAGUAGGGACCAAAGCAGUGAAAGUUGUAGCACCAACAACAACCACAAUAGUUCAGAAACCUUCAACACAGACAGUAGCUCCACAGCCGUCUGGCCUAGUAGCUCCACAAGUGUCUGGUACCAAAGUGAUGAUACCCACCAGAGAUCUGUCAUAUCCACAGCAACCAAAGAAAAAAGUUGUGUCAAAGAAAGUGAAAACAGUUAUUAAAAGAAAAGCUGAUUCUGGUACUGCAAAAUCAGGAGUUCCUGGUAGUGCAAAGAAGAAACCAUCUUCCAUUGUGGGAACAGUUAAACAACAAUACACAGAACUGCCUGAUGAAGAGUAUGACCCACUCAAUCCUUCCUUUGGUAAAGUAGCCAGUUCUGUUAAAGUCUCAAGAGGGAGACGACUGACAGUACCUCCAUCAUUACAAGCUAACAAAGCACUGAUACUGAAGGCCACAGCUGAAGCUGAGAAGUCUGUUAGUUCAACUUUACAGAAUGUUCUCAAAGAGGAGAAACUAUACAGUGCUAGAGGAAAAGCCCUUGUAAGACCUGUACAGAGAAAGGUACAAGAGUUACCAGAGUUAAGACACCCAAAGAUUCGUCCAAACCUUGAAUUAAUAUCCAAAUCGAGACGUGAAGAAAUGAUGAGGAAUAUGACAUAUACAAUAGAAAACAAAGAGUCUCCAGAAUCUCCCGAGUCGGACGAACCAGAAAACAUGAAAAUCGUCAUUCAGAAUAAAUUAAAGACUGGUAAGGUACUUCAGAAUGCUAAUCAAGAGAAAGUGACUUACACAGUUGUCAAUAAACCACAAAAAUCAAAGCAAGAGGACGUGGUAUAUACUGUUGAUAAAAGACCUACAAGGAUGCAAUACAUUACUCAGGCUGAGCCAGUUCAGUAUGCUAUAAGACAGAUGCCACAAAGAGUACAAGUUGUAGGCAGUGUGCCUUCAGGGUAUGUUGCUACUAAUCAACCGCAGAAUGUUCAGUACUUAACACAGCUUCCUUCAGGGCAGAUGGCUUAUACUGAUACCACUGAACCACAGUUUAUUCAAUAUGUUAAGGUAGAACGACAACAAAUGGAGAUGGAACCAGUCCAACCAUCAUUUCAGAGUGAUAAUAGAAGGAUUCAGCAUGUUGCUAGAGUUCAGCCUGUAAUGGACAGUAGAUUAGUAAAGAGGAAAUCAUUUGAUGAAGAAAUUAAGGAUGAGAUGGACAAAGAAGAGGAAGAGGAAACAUCUGAAGAAGAAGAAGAAGAAGAAGAAGAGGAAGAAAUGCUUCCAGAUGUUGAUGACACUGAUGAGACAAGUAAUGAAGGUCAAAUGGUAGCAGGAAGUUCUGAUGCUGAAGGUCAAGAGGUCAUACAAGAUGAGGAAAAGGAGGAGGUAGAGGAUAUAGACAGCCUCAGUCUUGAAGGUGGAGAGAAGACACCAGAACCAAGUCCUGAACCUGUUAUAGAAGAACAAAAGCCUGUCCCAUCAAAGAGAUUAAUCAGGGAAAGACAACCAAAACAAUCAAAACCAAAACCUGCUCAGAUAAAUCCUAGAUUUAUUGUGACAUUAGAUGGCAUAGAUCCAAUGACAUUUAGAACUGGUUCAAUGUUUGUUGAAGACACACCAAAACGAGAAAUACCAGUUGUAUCUAAGAUCACACCCCCAUCCAUAACUCCAAUAAAGUUUGAUCUGAGAGACACUGAUGAUGAAGAAGAAGAAGAGGAGGCAACUGAAGAAUCCCCAUCAAAGAAAUCCAAAUUGACAGAAAAAUGUAAAUUUUGGCCAGCUUGUUCUGCAGGAAAUUCUUGUACCUAUCAUCAUCCCUCAGUCUCAUGCAAAAUGUUUCCUAAUUGUAAGUUUGCUGAUAAAUGUCUGUACAUUCAUCCAAACUGUAAAUUUGAUGCCAAGUGUACAAAGAAAGAUUGUCCGUUUACACAUGCCAGUAAGAGAGGAAUUGCUCCAACAGUUAUAAAACAAUAUAUACCUAUGCCUGUACAUACAGCUCCACCAUAUAAUAAUAAACCACAGGGCAAGAUUGUAUGUAGAUUUGGAGUGAGCUGCCAAAAUGUAUAUUGCCCAUUUCAGCACCCAACAAACUGUAGAUACGGAGCUAACUGUGCCAAUAGAGCAUCCUGUCCUUUCACACAUCCACCAGCCACUCAGUCAAAAGAAAAAUACUCUUGGACAGCUAAUAAAAACUUAGAUAAUAAUAACAACAACAGGAAAAACCAGAAUCAUACAACAGACUUCCAGAGAUCUCAUAUUGUAAAAUUUGUUCCCAGACUGGCAGUUUAUGAUGAGCCUAAUCUCUUACUUACUAUACAAAAUAAGUGCCAGAAAAGCAGAUUUCAGAACAACAAAGACUUCAACAAUAACUACAGUUAUUAAACCAUCAUGAUGAAGAUAGAGUGUUAUCACAUGGAAAUCUUUCAGCACUUGGUGCUAAACAUUGUGAUGUAGUAAAUCUAGUCAGCAUCAUGGGACUGCUAAUGAAUUUUGUGGACAAUGUUGUCAACACAAUGGUUGUUUAAUUUGAAUGACAAGAGUAUAAUUUGUAGAGACAUGGACAAUAGUUUACCUUUUCGGUGGAAAUGAAGUGAACAAAUAAUCAGGUUCUGUUUUGAAAUACAGUUUUUGUAGUUGGCAUUGUAAUGUAAUUUCGAAAUCUUUAAAAUGAAAUGCCAUCUUGUUAUUGAUGAAAUUUAAUAAUUCAGGUUUUCAUGUGUAUGUAAAUUUAUUCUGUAUUAAAGGAGGAAAUGUGGUACAGUCCCUAUUUGACCUAAGAAUUGAAAUAUGACAAAAUGAUGUGAAUUUUUGGAAAGAUAGCUGAUAUGUUUAUUCAAGUUUAACUGAGAGGAAUUUCAUAUUUAAAGAAUACUGAUAAUUGAUAUAUAUGUCAAAAGUUAAAAUCAUGAAGAAUUUCAAAUUUUUUGAAAUUCUUCUUUAUUUUGACUUUUCACAUAAAUAUCAAUUAUCAGUAUACAAAAAUUAUCUCAUUUUGCAAUACUUCUAUUUUUAGGCCAAAUAUGGCCCUUCACACACUGCUUCCUUUGAAUAUAAGAUUAGAAAGGGAAAAGGGGAAGUAUAUUUGUAUUUGUUUUUUUAUUAAUGUUAUGUUAACUUAGUAAGUGAGGGAAAAAACACUUUUAUCUUUGUUUUAUCUUUAGUUUUUUCCUAAGUAAGACAGAGUAUGGUCAGAGUAAAGAAGUUUUUAGUC